AUGGAGUUGGGCCCUUGGAGUCCCGCACAACGGCUCGGCAGAGCAGGACAUGGAGGUGUGAACCAGCUCGGUGGUGUGUUUGUGAACGGACGGCCUCUUCCAGACGUAGUGCGGCAGCGAAUAGUGGAACUCGCUCAUCAAGGAGUCCGGCCCUGCGACAUCUCUCGACAACUUCGAGUCAGUCAUGGUUGUGUCAGCAAGAUACUCGGCAGGUACUACGAGACAGGCAGCAUCCGCCCUGGUGUUAUCGGGGGCUCAAAACCAAAGGUUGCUACACCCAAAGUGGUUGACAAAAUAGCCGAUUACAAACGCCAAAAUCCCACCAUGUUUGCCUGGGAGAUCCGGGACAGGCUGCUUGCCGAGAGAGUGUGUGACAACGACAGCGUCCCCAGCGUCAGCUCCAUCAACAGGAUCAUUCGGACUAAGGUUCAGCAGCCGGGCCAAACAGGCUCAGUGGUGGCUCACAACUUAGGAACUUCUGUAGCUGCGACCCAGGUUUCCGCGGUGACCAGCGACUCAGCGGGCUCCUCCUACUCCAUCAGUGGGAUUCUGGGCAUCAGCUCGGCGACUGACGUGGGCAAGAGAAAGCGAGAUGAAGAAUUGUACGGGGGUAAAGCCCUGUGGAGACCUUUGACCACAGCCAAAGUGAAGGGAAGUGAGGGGGUGACCGGGUUUGAAUCACCAUGA